UCUUAUACGAGUGCACUAUUAUGUUGAGUGUUAUAUAUAACGUUGUAUGCGCCCUAUGUAGUGCAUUACAAGAGCAAUAGGAGCAAUUUGGGUUUCAGCCCGAAGUAGAGAGUUGACACACCGUUAAGACAGAUAUAUGUUAUUAAGACUGUUAUUAUUUGCGUUUUAAUGAAUACUUUUUAUAUGUUUGUCCUGUGCAGGCGGAUUAUGAGAACGCGGGACGGAGGCGCUCCAACCCGCGGCACCUGCUGAGCCAGUGUGAGUCAUCUAUAUGGGCCAUUUUCUCUCAACAAAUGGCCUUCGCUUGAAGAAGAGACCGCAGUUGCUGCGCAAGAAGAAGAAGAGAAGGAGCUGCUUUCUUCGGGGCCCGUGCAUGCUCUGCUUCUUCAUCCGUGGCAGCAGCAGUGACGGCUUUGAAACUGAGUGCCGUUCCGACUCCAGACUGGCCAAGUUGAGUUCGCCUGAGGACUGUGCCAAAUUACUCCUCUCGCCUGCCGAGUUGGCAGUGUGGGAGUGCCAGGGCCGGAGCCUGCUUUCCUCCGUGCCAGUCAGGCUCAUUGGACCACCAGGGCUCUUUUGCACUGAUUACUCGGAGAUGGUGUGUAAGCGCAAGAGUGGCGAGCCACAACCACUGGCUCCAUGCAAGCAGCCGCGCUGCACUUCCCAGGAGACAGCAGAGAGUGAAGAGGAGGAGAAGAAUGCCAGUCAGUCCCUAUUGCCCCAGCUCUGCCCACUGCCUUCCUCAUCAUCAUCUUUCUCAGAGGAGCAGGAGAGCUCAGUCGUGGGGCUUCAGGUGGACUCGGGUCAUAACCUAAGCAAUGCCAAAACCCCUAAUAUCUCCUCUUCGUCCUCUUGCCUUCUCACCCACAGUAGUGCAGCAGAGGAGGGCAAGAGUGCUGAGAUCAUGGACACGUCCCGAAUCAACCACCUACCCUCAUCCAUACUACUCAAGGUUUUCUCUCACUUGUCAGUGAAGGAGCGUUGUCUUGGUGCCUCCCUGGUCUGCAAGUAUUGGCGUGACCUCUGCCUAGACUUCCAGUUCUGGAAGCAAAUUGAUCUUAGUGGCUUGAGACAAGUGAAAGAUGACCUCCUUGUGAAGAUUGCAUCCUGGAAACAAAAUGUGACGGAACUGAACAUCUCAGACUGCCGGAAUGUUGAAGACUAUGGCGUAUGCACUCUAGCAUCUCAGUGUCCUGGUCUGCUGAAGUACACGGCCUACCGUUGCAAACAGCUCAGUGAUGCAUCUCUCUGCGCUGUGGCCUGGCACUGCCCACUGCUGCAGAAAGUGCAUGUGGGAAACCAAGACAAACUGAGUGACCAUGCCCUUAAACAGUUGGGUGAACACUGCCCGGAGCUGAAGGACAUACAUUUUGGGCAGUGCUACAAUGUCAGUGAUGAGGGUCUGAUAGCGCUGGCGAAGGGUUGCCUCAAACUGCAGAGGAUCUACAUGCAAGAAAACAAACUGGUGACUGACAGAUCAGUGCAGGCAUUUGCAGAACACUGUCCAGAGCUGCAGUUUGUGGGCUUCAUGGGCUGCUCGGUCACUUCACAGGGAGUUAUACACCUCACCAGGCUGCGGAACCUGAGUAGUCUGGAUCUCCGGCACAUCUCUGAACUGAACAACGAGACAGUAAUGGAGGUGGUGAGAAACUGCCGGAACCUCAGCUCCCUCAACCUCUGCCUCAACUGGAGCAUCAAUGAUAGAUGUGUGGAAAUCAUUGCCAAAGAGGGAAGAAGUCUCAAAGAGCUGUAUUUGGUUUCGUGCAAGAUUACAGACUAUGCGCUGAUAGCAAUUGGUCAGUACAGCAGUACCAUAGAGACUGUGGAUGCAGGAUGGUGUAAGGAAAUCACAGACCAAGGAGCCACGCAGAUUGCUAAGAGCAGCAAGUCCCUGCGUUACCUGGGCCUGAUGAGGUGUGAUAAGGUGAGCGAGGAGACAGUGGAGAGACUGGUCCUGCAGUACCCGCACAUCGUGUUCAGCACAGUGAUGCAGGACUGUAAGCGAACUCUGGAGAGGGCCUAUCAGAUGGGCUGGAGCCCCAACACUUCCACUGCAUCCUAGCUAACACACACACACACACACACACACACAGAUCUAUACAGUCAUAUCAAUAAAGACGAACUGCUGUUUGCCGCCUUUGUCAGCACAGCUGGUCAAUUUUCAGAGCAUUAACAUUGUGCCGCUGUAACAUCGUGUUUGCAUUUUACUUUAUUAUUAACUUUUUUUUUCCUUUAGAAAACUAUUAUCAUAAGCAGAUGUUAAUAUUUCCAGACUUUAGUCAUCCAAAACAAACAUCUUGCUAGCACAUGAUCAUCAUCCUUUUUCAUGCAACCAUGUGCAAUCUGAGCAUUAGUGUCUGAGGAAUAGUUCAUCUUUUGGAAGUUUUGUGUUCAUCACAACAACUCAUGUACUGUUUAACACCUACCAUAUUCUUCCAGAGUUUUAGUCCAUGAUUUCUGACAAUGAGCUCAUAGAAAUGUCACCUUAAAGUUUACUAACUGCAGUCAAGCCAUUACUUGACUAAACAGAUUUUUUUUAGUAAUGUGUUGAACACUUAUUCUGUUUUUGUCCAAAUCUUAUUGAAGAAACUGAGUUCUUUAUUGUGGAUUUGACUCAUUGAGAAUGUGGUACCUUUUAUGGUACAUUUGUUUCAGUGUGUUUCAGUCCAGUGAAGUAAGCAACCUCAUCACAUAUAAAUCUAACUCAUAGUAAAAACAGCAUAUUGGGGUUGUGAUAUAUAUCCAGGAUUAUAGGGAGUGUUAUGGAAAAGACUCUGUGUUAUGCUAAAAACUCCUAUUCUUCUUUCCUUUCAAAAAUAAUGUUGUUUAACACUUGUGAUAAUGUAAACUGUGGUUUGAAGUUUGUUUUGGCUGUUUAAUGAGAAUUUUUGAAGAGUUCUUCACUAUGGAAUUUUGCAUAACCGUUUAUUAAUAUUGUGCUGCCAGGCUUCUGUAUUUGCCUGCAAUCUGACUGAGAUGUGGAAUGAUGAAACGCUUCCAUUUAAGGUAGAGAUAUUAGAAUUUAUUCACCCUCCUCAUUUCCAUAGCUAGCCUGUGAUGUACUCUUACACAAACAACCACCAGGGUAUUUUACUAUUGUGUCAGAAAUAGCUGUGGCCAGCUCUUGUAGCUGUUGCACUGCAUCAUGUGCUAAGAGGAACCACAGGUCUUAGUUACUGUUUUCCUUUGCUGUACUUAGGGAUUAGAGUCAAUUAAACAAUCCAUUUCUAAUUCAGUAUAGGCUCUUAGACUGUUCAAAUCUAAGUGUGUAUGUUCUGUUCAUGAGUGUGUGGAGUUUUUGAGGCCAGAUUUAAGUGAAUGAGGUGAAUGAAAUGAGGAAUAAAACCCUUUCCUUGUAUUUUA